AUGGCUGUUGUCAAAGCCAACGCAUAUGGAUAUGGCAUGGUAGAGAUAGCACGAGCAGCUGUAUCAGCUGGUGCAACUUGGUUAGGUGUUGCUACAUUGGAUGAAGCUUUAGCUGUACGUGCUAGACUCUCACAAAAUAUUCCGAUUCUCGUUCUUGGCUAUGUUGCUCCAGAAUAUUUAUCAGUGGCUAGUCGAUAUAAUAUUACAGUUACAGGUGUCUCAGUCGAAUGGAUACAAGAAGCUGCCAGAAUCGUUCAACAACCAUUCAAUUUUCAUCUCAAAAUAGAUACAGGUCUUAAUCGUCUUGGCUGUAAAACAAUAGAUGAAGUACGAACAGUAAUGACGAUUAUUUCUCUAAAUCCAAAUUUGAAUUGUACGGGCAUCUUUACACAUUUUGCUACAUCUGAAGAUAUGCAAAACAAGAGCUAUUUUCAUCGACAACUAGCAAGUUUUUAUGAUUUUCUCGAUGUGAUUCCUAAUCGUACCGACAAAAUUAUUCAUUGUGCAAACUCGGGUGCUACUCUAUAUCAUCCUGAAAAGCCAUUUUUCGAUAUGGUUCGUUUAGGAAAAGCAUUGAUGGGUCCACCAAACGAAGCAUUAAAAUAUUUAAUUCCAUUUGAGCUUCAACAUACAUUCUCUCUUCACUCUAUCCUAGAUGUUGUCAAACAAUUGGAUGCGAACGAAAAGAUUGGUUAUGGAGGUGAAUAUAUGACAACAGAAAAACAGUGGAUUGGUACAGUACCCAUUGGAUAUGCUGAUGGGUGGCAUCAACAAUUUAAAACGAGUUAUGUUCUUGUCGGGGGAAAACGAGUUCCCAUUGUUGGACGUAUCUCUAUGGAUCAAUUGACGGUUGCUUUACCUCAAGAAUAUCCAGUUGGAACUCGUGUUACUUUUAUUGGUCGGCAAGGUAAUGAAACAAUUAUUGCCGAUGAAAUUGCACAGAAAGCAAAUCAACCACGAUCAGAAGUAUUUUCUUCACUUUCAAAUCGUCUUCCACGUGUAUAUAUACAAGAUGGAUCGGUUAUCAGUAUUAGAAACUUGAUUUUAGAGUCCUGA